AGCUCAAGCUUCCAGCCUGUGAACUCCGCCAAAGCACAACAUGAAUUUCAUACGUCCAUCGAAGCAACUGCUGCGGGGGCAGUCGCCUUUUCGAGUCACAAAUAGAUGCCAGAUCCGCCAAUGGCAUCCCAGAUCUACACAGCGACGCUUCGCGUCGAGCGAACCUCUAACGUAUCGACCACGGUCGAAGAUACGACCUUUUAUGUGGGCCCUGGUGUUCGGUUGCACAGGUUUCCUAGUAGGAAAAUCCAUGGCCCUUGCAGUCAAGCUCUUCGACUCGAUUGAGCGCGAUAGUGAAGAGGAUAUUCUCUUGCUCAAAGCCAUCGUCUUGGCCGCAGAUGGCAUACCAUUCGUGCAGGAGAUGCUCAAACAUGAGGGGGAUGUAGAGUGGGACUGGAAUGAGAUCUCGCUAUAUCCCCAGGAAGGAGAUACUGUAAUAAAUCAAACAUUGCGAGGCUCAAUGGGUCUAGUGACUCCUAGGGCGUUUUGGAACGAGAAGGAGAAAGAGCUCGUGAUGGCUGUUUACUACGGAGGCGCACUGUGCGGAUGGCCCGGAAUCGCGCAUGGGGGAUGCACGGCUACCGUACUACUGGAAGGUAUGGGCAGAGCAUUGAAUUGCUUGACCGGCGGGAGACAAUCAAUUCGUCCACCGGAGCCUUCAGAAUUGAGUUUAACAUACCUAAAGCCUGUGCAUGCACAGAACUACUACCUCUUGAAAGCCAAGCUGAAGGCUCCGGAAGAAUCAAUCGAGCCACAGACGAAUAUCAGUGCCGACAAAGAUCUUACAAAAAAGCUGCAUCAUGAGCGGAGCGGUAUCAUAUCUCAGCUGAAUAUAAAAUACAACGUUGAAUGCGUACUGGAGGAUCUAAAGGGACACCAGUGCAUGAAAGCGAAGGGUGUUUGGAAUGUGUUAUGAUCAGUCAAGCACGAUAACGGUCUGACAUAUAUAGCCCGCAAUUGGGUAUAGUGAGGACAAUAAAACGGGCUUGCAUUUGUAUUGCCCCAUGAUGAAAUAUAACUUGGUGGCCUAUAUUUCACAAAGAACCUCAAAAGAAACGUUCCAAUAGUACAUAACGAGCCAUUAUUAACCUCGGAAAUUGUGAAGUACUUGAG